AGCAUUUGACAUUGUAAAUAUUAUUGCAGUUAUCUCAACACGGCAUAUAGGACUGUGCUGUGCCAGACGACUCGACAUCAACAGAGAACGGUGAUGAUGGACACGGCACCCAGCCUCGACCCCUCGGGCCUCAGUCCCGACCCCGUCAAUUGUGCCACCGCCAUCCUGAGUGUGUCCACACAUAAUGAUUCUACGGGAGGAGGAAGCAACGUUACCAUGACGAGGGAUGUUUCCUCUACCCACAGUUCCGACCCAUUGAACGGGUCGGGGGAAAACACACAAACUUCUAACCCCGCCUCACCCUCCUCAGCAACCACCUCGGAACUUUUAUCCGGCAAAAAUCUGACUUUCUCGCCCGAACAGGUGGCAUGUGUUUGUGAAGCUCUUCAGCAGAAGGGGGAUAUCGACAGACUGGCCAGGUUCCUCUGGUCGUUACCCCCCAGCGAACUUUUGAGAGGCAGUGAGGCCGUCCUCAAAGCCAGGGCAACUGUUGCCUUUCAUAGAGGAAGUUACAGGGAACUUUAUGCAAUUUUAGAAAGUCAUGAAUUCCAUGAUACCAAUCAUUCUUUUUUACAGCAACUUUGGUACAAAGCUCAUUAUAUGGAAGCUCAAAAAAUCCGCGGCCGACCUUUGGGUGCUGUAGACAAAUACAGACUGAGAAGGAAGUAUCCUUUACCCAAAACUAUUUGGGAUGGAGAGGAAACUGUAUAUUGUUUUAAGGAGAAAUCUCGUCAGGCUUUAAAAGAGUGUUAUAAACAAAAUAGGUACCCAACACCAGAUGAGAAGAGAAAUUUAGCAAAAAAGACUGGCUUAACGUUGACACAAGUCAGCAACUGGUUCAAAAAUCGCCGACAGAGAGAUCGCACCCCGCAGCAACAAGCAGUAACGGGCCCGCUCGUGUUCGAGGAGAUGAGAAGAGACCUGAUGGACGACGGUAUGAAGCAUAACAUGCACCACCACCAUCACCAUGGCCACCACCAAGCACCGCAGCACCACCACCAUCACCACCACCACCAGCAGAUGUGUGGCAAUCCACCAAUGAUGAUGCCACACGACUACCGGGGAGACAUCGACAUGUCCGCUAAACUCAUCGAGGACAUGCGCACGAAUCUCACAUCGAUGCCAUUAGUGAAAAAUGAGCCUAUUCCGCCUCACUACCUCUGUGCACCCCCGCCACUUGACCACCACCACCGUUUGCACCAUCCGGUACCACCUGUAUGACCACCAAUUUCCGGAACCACAUGUAUGUUGUAAACACGUAAGAAAAUGAAAUGUCCUUUAUAACAAACAUGUGUAUCCGGAGACCUAAUGGAGCAUCUCAACAUGGCGGCCUGGGUAGUGGCGAUAUACUGUCUCUACAGACUUUGUCAGGCGUUGGCAUGCGCACGCGGACGAGCAGACACAUUUGUUUGGACGUUCAGACAGAACUUGUUUAUUGACGUAAAGGUACCGUUGUUACCACAAAGGCGUCAAUUUGUUUCGUUAUUUCUGGAAUUGAUAUGAAGACAGACAGAGGCACAUUUUGUCCAAAGGAUUGUUGCUGCCUACCCCAGCUUUAAGUGUUGUUUUAUUUCACUGUGUUGCUGAACCCAAGCCUACAUUGUAUUUUGUGCUAUUUUCCACGAAGGUGCUACAUUUGUCAUUCCAUACACGUUAGCUCCACGCAACAAGAUUCCACAGACUCGGUUGCUUAAAAGUUCCAUGCAAGUCGUCCCUUGACAAUCACGUGACCCGACAUUGACUUAUAAGGGAAGCUACAGACAUGGAGUGAACUGUUUCACUGUUAUCAGUGCAAUCUAUAUUCAACUAUCAGACAAGUUUUAUAUGUUCCAUAAGUAUUCAAUUUUAUCACAGAUUGGACUCGCGUGGGGAACGUCUCAAUCGUGGAGACAUCACGUGACCGGUGUUUGUGACCAAAAACAAAAAUGGCGGCGCAGGUCACAUAAUUUAUUGUCAAAUCUGAAGAGAAAUCAAAAGUGUUUUGUAUACGUUAUACGGUGUGAUCUAUGUGUUUAUACUCAGUAACUCUUUUUAAUGGUUCUUUUUUUUGUAAUAUUGUCAGAUCAAAAUGUAAAUAAAAUGUGUAUUAAAUCAACUUUAUCCUAAUCUUAA